AUGGAGGACGAAGACGGAGAGAAAGACAGCGGAUGUGAAGUCGCCGAGCUCCGUCUUCAAGUGGAGUCGUUAAAAGAAGAGCUGAAGGAGUGCAAAACAGAGCUGGCCAAGUUGCAAAAGCAACUGAGUCAUUCCGAGAGACUACAGAGGAGCACGGACAGCUACAACGAGGAUUUGCGGAAACAGGUGAAUCAACUGAGUGCAGAGAUUCACGAGUGGAAGAAAAAAAAUAAAGACAAAGUUAAUGUUGAAACUCAGACAGAAGAAUAUGUUUGGUCUGAAACAGACUACUAUAACUACUACUACGGUGAAUACUAUCAGAACACCAAGGCUGCCAACUCCCAGGACGGUCAGGGGGCCGAUAUGGUUGUGGACGCACCUGUUGGAGAGGACACAAAAGAAGGUCCAACAGUGGAGCAGGCAGGCACAACACAAGGCACAGCUUCAGAUGUGUCUGUUCAACCUGAUAGUACCGUAGUAGCAACUGCAGAGGAGGGUGAUGCAUCGUCCAUUGCAGACAUGUUGAGAGCCACCGCUGAGGAAGCCAUGACACAAACUGGCUUUGUAUUUGAUGAGACUACUGGCAUGUACUAUGACCACAGCACUGGCUUCUAUUACGACUCGGUCAGCCAGCUGUACUACGAUAACAACACAGGCAUUUACUACUAUUACGACGCAGAAAGUGGACGCUACCAGUUUCAUUCCAAAGUUGAGGUUUCUGCUGUGCAGAGUGGCGAUAAAGACGAUUACACGACUGAAAAGAAAGGCAGAUGGUUCAAGAGGGGUGCAAAGAAAUCCUCGCAUCACCGUGAUCAGGAGUACGCAUUUGAUGACGUGAAAUCGGAAGAAGAAGAACAGCAAUCGAGGCGCACUUCAGAAUCCCGAAAAACGAGACGACGAUCUCGUAGUCCUGAGUCACGAGGAAAAGACUAUAAAAGGCGAGGGGAGAGGGACAAGUCUUCCUCCAAGAGAAAAAAACAUAAAAGCGGUUCAAACCAUGACGAGAAGCGAAGAUCAAAGAAAAAAAAGAAGCGGUCCAAGUCAUCGUCACGCAAGAAGUCGCGUAGCUCGCCCGCUCGGAGUGAUGACUUGGAGGGUAACAGCGAGGCUGAGGAGGGGGAGCUCACAGAGUCCGAGAAGGAACAAUGGGAGUCUCCCCCCUCUGUUUCUCCGUCUCCUAGCUCGCCUCGCAACCACAGCCCAGAGUCUGAGAUGGAGAGUCAGUGUCGGGCAGCGCUAUGGCCGCCGUGUGUUAGAGUCACCGUGGUCCGCUCUCCGGUGCUGCAGGUUGGCACCUUGUUUAUCAUCACUGCUGACUCAACAGCCACCAUAGGCAGAGAGAAAGAAAUGGACCAUGCCAUCCGGAUACCAGAUAUUGGAGUAAGCAAGUUCCAUGCUGAGGUGUAUUUUGACCAGCAGCAGCAGAGCUACAUGCUAGUGGAUCAGGGAAGUCAAAAUGGAACGGUUAUCAACGGAAACAGAAUCUUACAGCCCAAAACCAAGUGUGAGCCGCAGCCUCUGGCGCAUGGCGACGAGGUCAAGAUGGGAGACACAGUGCUGUCCUUCCAUAUACACACAGGGACCGACACCUGUGAUGGCUGUGAGCCGGGCCAGAUUAUGGCUCACCUCAGCAAGCACAAGAAAGAGGAGAUACCAGGGCCUCCGCUACCCAAAGAGGAUAAAGAAGUGCUGAGACAGAAGGAGCUGAAAUCUAUGAAGGCCAAAUAUGGCCUCCAGGUAAACUGUGCUCUCUGUAUUGAGCAUUAUAACAUCGUCCUUCAUUUGAAACGCUUUUUCCAUCAACAGAGUAAUGAGUUUGAAGAGGGCAAAGCCCUGAGAAACCCAAAGUACAAGGACCGAGCAGAGUCUCGACGUCAGACAGUGGGCAGCGAGGGGCUUUUCCAACAAGAUGAUGCUCCUGCUUCUGUUCAUGUGGAGAUCAGCGAAGUCAAUAAAGGAAGAAAGAUGCUAGAAAAGAUGGGCUGGAAGAAAGGAGAAGGAUUGGGUAAAUCGGGAACUGGAAUGAAAGACCCGAUUCAACUAAAAAUUCGGAAGGCCCAGUCAGGACUGGGAGCAUGUGGCGCAAUGUCCCUGGAUGACGCCUCACUGACCAGAACACAAUCCCAGAAGAACUGGGAGAAAGCUCGUGAGAGAUUUGCGGACUCGUUCCAGGCGGAUUCGCCGUCGUCCAAAACGCAGUGCGCGUCCCCUAAAGCGUGGGUCAAAGCAGAGCCGGAGGUUGCGGACCCUCUUGUUAGCGUUGAUCCUGAGACCCAAAGUUAA